AUGAGCUUCUGCAGUUGCUGGAGCAUGAUAAUGCAAAGUAUCCUCUUGAUGAGAAAACUGAGAAAAAGAAAGGAGCCAAGAACCGUGCUAACAGUUCUGGUUCUCAAGUUCCUGCAAUUGAAGAGGAAAAUGAACUCCAAGAGGUAUGAAUAUGAGCAAUAUCUUCCUUUAUCUCAGGCUGACAAAAUGAUAAAGGAGGAGGCGCAAUUUCUUUGCGCGGCAAUGGAAAACGAGAGCAAGACAUUUGACGAGUUUGUAGUAGCUCACGAUGAUUGCGUGAAGGAUAUCAUGUACUUCCCCACUCGAAAUGCUUACGGGCCCUCAACUGUUGCUGUGAAGGCAGAGAAAGUUGCAGCUUUUCAAGUGGAGAUGGAGAAUGCGAGGAAAAAGAUGGAGGAGGAUGAGAAGAAGGCAGAACACAUGAAGGCUAAGUAUAAAACUUAUACAAAGGGUCACGAUAAAAGGGCAGAGACCGUGUGGAGCCAGAUAGAGGCGAGUCUGAAGCAGAUUGAGAUUGGUGGAACAGAAGUAGAGUGCUUUAAAGCAUUGAAGAGGCAAGAAGAGAUGGCUGCCUCUUUCAGGAAGAGGAAUCUGGAGGACGAAGUGGUGAAGCAAAAGGAAACCGAGCAGAAACUGCAAGCACGCUAUGGGGUUCUGUUGUCAACGCUUGAAAAGCAGAGAAGUUAA